AAUCACCGGAAUAAAAUGGGGUUGACUGCCGAGGGAUUAUUUGCUAUUGCAAACAGUGAACUUCGCAAUUCAUCCAAAGAAUGGUUAAAGCAGACAGCUGAAGGAUGCUCAGUGGUGGCAGUUCUAAUUGCAACCGUUGCAUUUGCAGCAGCAUACACGGUACCAGGAGGAUCAAAGGAGACAACCGGUUUGCCCAUCCUUAUAAAUCGACCAUUUUUUGUUGUUUUCACUAUAUCCGACGUUAUCUCUCUCACUUUCUCUUUGGCCGCCGUGGUUACAUUUCUCUCGAUUCUCACAUCCCACUUGAGAUUUGAAGACUUCAAGCACUCUCUGCCGAAUAAAAUGACACUAGGCUUCACGUUUCUGUUCCUUUCUGUUUGCCUGAUGAUGGUAGCAUUUGCGGCAACGAUUCUGCUGAUGAUUGAAAACAAGGAAAAUUGGGCGAAAAUCAUGCUGUACACCAGCUCUUUUGUCCCAGUUGGAAUCUUUGCUUUAUCGUAUUUCCCUCUACACAAAAUAACGUCCAUAACCAGAGGCUGCAAGCAAUUGGGGAAGAAGGCAAGGCGGUUGAUUCCUCGGAGUUUAGAAGCUUUUCUGAAGAGGAUCUGCUGCUUGUCCACUGGUUCUAAAGCCCGAACCCCUGCAGGUUCUUCCGAUAUUCCAUGAAAUCCAUUCCACAAGCUUCAAGUUUCUUCAUUUGAAGUUAAAAAGUUUAAUGUUUGCUCAAUGGUGAUUUGUUAAAAUUACAAAGUCCGCACUUCAGAUUGUUUAAGCAUGAUUUACUUAA